UUAUUGUAUCCCUCCGCCGCAGUCGCACUAGGAAAACAGCUGUGGCGAGGCUAAGGCUAGUUAGCAUCGAUUGUGUUUGUGUGUCCGCGAUUCGAGUCGUUGCUUAAGAGCAAACAGUGAUACCGCUGGAGUGACCGACUUGUGGUCUGUCAUCUCUCUUAACGAUGAAGUUUCAGUACAAAGAAGAGCAUCCCUUUGAGAAGAGGCGGUCUGAAGGCGAAAAAAUAAGGAAGAAGUAUCCGGACAGGGUGCCAGUAAUUGUGGAGAAAGCACCCAAAGCCAGAAUAGGAGAUCUGGACAAGAAGAAAUACCUUGUCCCCUCCGACCUGACAGUGGGUCAGUUUUACUUCCUCAUCCGGAAAAGAAUCCACUUGCGAGCUGAGGACGCGCUCUUCUUCUUUGUAAACAAUGUCAUUCCACCCACCUCAGCUACCAUGGGAUUGUUGUACCAGGAGCAUCAUGAAGAGGACUUUUUCCUCUACAUUGCCUACAGUGAUGAGAGUGUGUAUGGGAACAGCCAAAGGGAAAUCUGAUCCCACUUCAGCCACUACCCACCUUUCUGAGACCUCCACCAUCCAUUCAUUCAUUUAAAUAUUAAAUCCAGCUCAGCAGCCUACAUGUCCCAGAAUGAAUAUGUCAGAUGCACUUUCACCACCUAUACAUUACCCCUCUCGCAACCAAUUCUGUCUUUAUUAUUCUGCAGUCUGAAUUGUAUUUGUCUCCCACUUUUCUUUUCAGUAGCAACUUUGGCUAAGUGGUCUCACGGCCAGUUCUAUUUCUAGUGUCACAACUGAUCAUACUUAAAUAAACAAUGAGAUUAAUGAAAUAAUAUUAGAAAUAGGCCUCUAUUAUAGCUACUCCAGGCUUAAGGGGAGGAGGGUUCAAAUCAGUGGUUAUUGAGAGUGAGGAUAAUUUUUGGUUGUCCAGUUUUAUUUUGAGCUUAGGAUGGGAAAUGAAUACCUUCCUGCACGUAAAUGCAGGCGAAGGCAGCGUAAAGACUUACUGCUGUUCUUUAACUAGGAAAAAACAACAAAAGUGGUUCGAUGUAUUUAAAAGUAUGUUAAGAAGAAGAAUUUUGCUUGCUGCCCCACAUUGGACCUUUGCAAGGAGUAUAAUAGAAUUCAGACUAAACAGUCAUCCUUGGCUUUCAGUGGUAAGACUAUUAUUUUGACUGCUAAUGAUUAUUGUUGUUAUUGUUGUUAAUUUUUAGAUGGCUUACUUUCUAAGGGUUGUGUAAAGCUGAAUGCAAUUUUUCUUCUUUUAAGUUUGUUUCCUUUUUUAAGAAAAAAAAAAGUACAGUUUGAACUCUGUAUACAGCUGCAUUACUGGCUCUUUCUCUCCACUCAUGACCAUACAUGAUAAAAUGUGAUGAAAAACUA